CCCCUGCUGUGAACUAUAAAAGCCAGUCGACGCCUCUCAUCGACAGCACUGAGUCUCUCUGGCUGAUCCGAUAAUCAUCAAGAUGAUUGCAACGGUUGUUCUGAUUUGUGGCCUGGCGGCCUCGGCCCUCGGCGCCUCAUUCGAGACUCGCCUCGACACCCUCGCCUGCGGGAAGCACACCAUGACGGAGGGACAACGUGUCGUCAUCCAGUCCCCAAACUUCCCCAGCAACUACCCUGUCGAUCAGAGGUGCCAGUGGGAACUUUCGUGUCCAGACGAAGACAAACAUUCCUUGGAGUUCAACUGCCCUACAUUUGCUCUGCAACAAUCCGCCGAUUGCGUUCAUGACCGCCUCACCGUGACUUCACGAGGCACUUCAACCGCGAAAUGCGGCACCAACUCUCCCGACGGGACCAUCACCUCCACAGGCUGGGCGCGCCUCACCUUCUUCUCGAACUCCGCGACCGUCGCCCAGGGCUUCCGCUGCUACGUCUAUUGCCGCGCUCAGCCAACUACUGCUCCUACCACAGUAACCUCAACUACUACAACUGCCACGACAGCGACGACCCCGACUGUUUCUACUACUCCUACCACAGCUGCUCCCACCACCACAGCUGCUCCCGCCACCACAGCUGCUCCCACAACCACAGCUGCACCUACCGCUGCUCCCACCACCACCGCUGCUCCCACCACCACCGCUGCUCCAACAACCACCGCUGCUCCCACAACCACCGCUGCUCCAACAACCACAGUUGCCGCUACCACAACGGUUGCAGCAACCACCACAGCUGCUGCUACGACCACAGCAGCUUCUACCACCACCGCUGCUGCCACAACCACAGCUGCUGCUACAACCACCGCUGCUUCCACAACCACAGCUGCUGCUACCACUACCAGGGCCCCAGCUACUUUCGAUUUGAAGCCUUGCGGAACCUACACGCUUCAGCCCGGCCAGCGCGUCUUCUACCAUACGAAAGGUAGAAUAGAAAGACUUAUUCUCCAGAGUCAGUCUGAAGUCAUUUCUGGAAAGAUACUUCUUUACUUUAAUCAAUCAAUGGCCUUCGAUGACGAAGCAGAAAACUACCUGGACGUCAUCUGCCCGAAGUUCAACCUCGAGAACUCUGCGAACUGCGCCAACGACAGGCUCACCGUCACCUCACGCGGCACAUCGGACGUGAAAUGCGGCACCGACUCUCCUGACGGCACCCAGACAUCCACCGGAUGGGCCAGGUUCACCUACUUCUCCAACGGUGCCGUUACGGACACCGGCUUCCGCUGCUACAUCUGGUGCCGCGCCAAUGGCAUCAAACUCAUAUUCCAACCAAACUUGGCUGAGAAACUCACCCCCGCGCCUUCACAUCACUCGCUUGUUCCAGUCCUGACUGAUGCGAUGCUCACGAUGAUUGCCUCGGGAAUCUUAUUUUUACGUCUCGCGGCCUCAACCCUCAGCGCCUCGUUUGAGUCUCGCGUCGACAUCACAGGCUGCGGAACGCACACCAUGACGGAGGGAACGCGUCUCGUCAUCCAGUCCCCAAACUUCCCCAGCAACUAUCCUAUCGAUUACAGGUGCCAGUGGGAAUUUUUGUGCCCAGUCGAAAACCAGCAUUAUCUGGAGUUCAUCUGCCCAACAUUUGCUCUGCAACAAUCCGCCGAUUGCGUUAAUGACCGCCUCACCGUGACUUCACGAGGCACUUCAGCCACGAAAUGCGGUACCAACUCUCCCGACGGGACCAUCACCUCCACAGGCUGGGCGCGCCUCACAUUCUUCUCGAACUCCGCGACCGUCGCCCAGGGCUUCCGCUGCUACGUCUGGUGCCGCGCUCAGCCUACCACGCCUACGACCACUGUAAGCACAACUAAGGUUACAACCACAACACCAAAAACAACCACGACGCCCACUACAACCACAACGCCCACUACAACCACAAAGCCCACUACCACCACAACGCCCACCACAACCACAACUCCCACUACAACCAUAACGCCCACUACAACCACAACGCCCACCACAACCACAACGCCCACUACAACCACAACGCCCACUACAACCACAACGCCCACUACAACCACAACACCCACUACAACCACAACGCCCACUACAACCACAGCAUCUCUCACCACUACCCCUGCACCCACCACUACGGCUGCUGACACGACCACAGCUGCUGCUACGACCACAGCUGCUGCAACGACCACAGCUGCUGACACGACCACAGCUGCUGACACGACCACAACUGCUGCAACGACCACAGCUGCUGACACGACCACAGCUGCUGCUACGACCACAGCUGCUGCUACGACCACAGCUGCUGACACGACCACAGCUGCUGCCACGACCACAGCUGCAGACACGACUACCGCUGCAGCGACAACCACAACUGCCUCUACCACCACCAGGGCUCCAGUUACGUUCGAUUUGAAGCCUUGUGGGAAUUAUACGCUUCAGCCCGGCCAGCGCGUCGUCAUCCAGUCCACGAAAUUCCCACAAAACUACGUCACCGACGAAAGGUGUCAGUGGGAGUUUUCGUGCCCCGUUGAGGCAGACAACUACCUGGACGUCAUCUGCCCGAAGUUCGCCCUCGAGAACUCCCCGAACUGCGCCAACGACAGGCUCAUCGUCACCUCGCGAGGGCAGAGAGACGUAAAAUGUGGCACCAACACUCCUGACGGCACCAAGACGUCCACCGGAUGGGCCAGGUUCACCUUCUUCUCCAACUCCGCCAUUACGAACACCGGCUUCCGCUGCUACAUCUGGUGCCACGCCAAGUAGACUCUUGGCUACAUCUACGCAUCAAGAGCAAGAUUGAUUUGCUUUUGUCCUUUGGAAGAUGAAAAUGGCUUUUUAGUUUUCGUAAACUGUUGCAUCUAC